UUAGACCUACCAUACCUCACCUGGUCAACGCGCUUACACGUGAUGAUCCUAGCUUGAACCAAUCCAUCGCCUAUAUAUUUCGACAUAGUGGCAUCAACGAUCUUACAUCACAUUCCAUCGUGCAGCCAAUUCUCUCUGCAACUUCCUUGGAUACUAUCAAAUUUCUCUCUAGUGCUAACUUCUAGCUCCGAUCUUUUCAGUUAGCUAGCUAGUCGAUCGCCAUUUAAUCCAUGGGGGCUAAAGUUCUUAUGCUGAUCACCGUGGCCAUGGCCAUGCUCGGGAUGGUGCUCGGCGCAAGUCACACAGUGGGCGCGCCGGCCGGAUCAUGGGACCUGCAAACCAACUACACCCUGUGGGCUUCGAGAACUAGGUUCACCACCGGCGAUGAGCUCCAGUUUCAGUACUCCACCACCGUGCACAAUGUGGUGGAGGUGAGAAAGGCUGGGUACGACUCCUGCAACAGCUCCAGCCCCAUCGCGACGUUCUUGACCGGCAAAGAUGUCGUCCCACUUGCAGCCAUUGGGACGCGGUACUUCAUCUGCGGCGUUCCAGGGCAUUGCGUUGCUGGUAUGAAGGUUCAAGUCAAUGUGAAGUCGAAGGCAGUGCGGACAGUACAACGGUGCCGAGGGACGGGGAAGCGGCUUCGGUGCCGGUCCGAGACUGUAUUAAGCUCGGCCACAACAGGUGGCAUUGAUCAGUUUGCGGUGGCGCGGCUAGGUCUGGCCGUUGUCGCGGCUGGUCUCGUGUUGUUCUUUUAGUGACCGACGAUUGUGGUGCUUUUUUCCUCUUUGAUGCGCCGUGCAUGCUUAUUUGUGUAUUAUAAAUCAGUUCUUUUGUUAAAUGUAAUUUCUUCCAUUAUAAUUGAAUUUAACUUAUCUUCUUGCAAAGCCGAACUAUAAUCAUGGAAAAAAGUAAA